CCCAAGAAAGCACGACUGCCCGUUCUGGCAGAGAUGUUAUUAUGAUAACUGGCUGAGCCUUUCUUAAUCAGGAGCACAUGAAUUUGAAUGUGUCCCUGUUUCUGUUCAGCCCUGAGGAGGCGUUUUCGUCGAACAACAAUAUGACAAAAUAUUUAGAAAUAAGCAAAAGCAACAAACCCAGAUUUUGAUUCUAUAAGAUGUGACAGGCUCUGAAAGGAUUAUGGACUGAAGCAAAGACUCAUGAAGUACACAGGGAGACCAUUUCCAGGAAUGGGAAUGCUGGAGAGUUCAAAUCUGUUUUGAGAACCACAGAGUUCCCAAAACAGGCGAUAAUACACACCGGGACGCCAAACAACAAUCCUCCGGAGCUUAAGACUUUUAUCGCCUUCCAGAGUUUUUGUGGGAAUCACAGAUCCUCUCUGACACCUCCAGCUCUCUAGUUUUCUUUUUUCAUUGGGUGGUAGUCAAAUCACCCUGUGUUUGUGGUUUACAUUUCCUAAAUCCUGUCUUCAUUGAGAACAUGAAGCGCCCCAUCAUGGCUUAAGUUGAACUAAAUCUGAAAAGUGAGGGCACGUGGUAUUCGCUGUUUUUCUGCAAUGGAUGUUUUUUUAGUUUUUUUUUUUCUGUUCCACCACUGUGACUUCAUCCAGCCCGUGUGAGAAGAUGUCGAAAAGCUGGUGUUGAUCUUGCGAUGACAUGCCUCAAAAACAUAGCUGUGCUUUAUUGUUUUAAAUGAAACCAAAUGAGGAGAUAUUUUGUUGUCAUGGUCACACACUCACCCCGAUUGGCAUUCAGCUGAGCAGACAGUGUAUGAUUUAAAGAUGGGACUAAGACAGAGGAAUGUGUACUGUUUCACUCACCUCUGAACAAUGUUUUAAAGGAAGACUUCACCCACAAAAUGACCAUUCGUAUAUUAAUUACUCACCCUGUGUCACCUUGAAAACAUGGGGGAAAAAGGUGUUCUUCCUCCAUAGUAAACGAAGAAUCCAAAAAGAGAAAAUUCUUGACGUCAUAGGGGUCCACGUUUAACAACAGCAAAACUAUAUCAAAACAUCUGCUUACAAACUCUCACACAACUCGUGCAGUAUAAUACAAGUCUCGUUUAUCCAGCUGUACACCUACACACCUGGGGCAAGCGCGUAUUUGAACUCUUCAAAUGCGCAUGCUCGCCCAGGUGCCUACUCCUAUGUGUAAGUGUUUUGAGUAGUGAUUUUUUUUUUUUUUUUAAACAAAAAUGCAUGUGUUUGGGAAGUACUGAGUAUACAACUGGAUAAAUGACAUCUAGAUUAUACAGCAUGAGUUGUGUGAGAUGUUUUGAUAUACCAUAAAACAUCAAUUAAAAGCCUAGUCCCAUAAUGCCCAGUCCUUUUUACUAGCCUGCUGUGGCUACACAUUUUGACGAAUAAAGGCCCGUCUCUAUUAGAAGCCUGGUGUGGUUGCCAAGCAGUUCAUUUUUACAGAGGUUCUUUGGAUAUAUAAAACCGGACUGUUGACGACCCACUUGAGCUAACAUUAGUUAGCUGCUUAGAUCAUACAUACAAAUAUACAUUUUUUACACUGGUCGAUAUGGAGAUGCUACACAUCGUUAGCUUGGUUGAUUUUAUUUUACUGAAACAACGAGCACAAGAGAAGACCGAAAGUCAUUCAGAUUUAACGGCAUGACGAAAAAUAAGUGGUGACUCUGUUCCUCUGAAGCUGUCAUAAAGUCAGAAUACGUGUCCAUUCCUCGAUUACCCGGUAAGUUAUUUAUAUUCCUGUAGUCCAUAGGGAUCCACUGAUCAAAAGAAUCAAACGUGUUUUUCAUAAAACUUAAUCCAAGUUCUAAGUAUUGUUUUAAGAGGAUAAAGUUGUGCUGUGUCAGUAUGCAGGUUGCCGUGAAACAAGUGUCGUAACACAUAAUUGAUAUGUUUUCCAAAGCCUAAUUUUUAUACAAGUAAUAUUCAUACGAGUUCAAAGAAACUAUUUGAUCCUAUUUCCCAUCUUUGCUGAGCAAGAGUUUUGUGUAACAAGAAUAUAUAGACACCUGUCCCAAAUAAAGGCCUCUUGAUUUCAGUGAUUUAAGCAAAUAAUAGCCCGGGCUAUUGAUUAAAGUUUUAUGAUAGUUUUUCUGUUGUUAAACGUAGCUCCCCCUUUCACUGCAAUUCAUUCAUUAAUGUUCACCCUUUUUGGAUUCUUCGUUCACGGUGGAGGCAUGCCAGAAAAACUGUUUCUUCACGAAUUCAACAACACAUGGGCUCUCUCACCCAGACUGGAGUCUCCACAUGGGUCCAUGUGAGUAACCUUUAUGGAGACGACUUCUGAAAGGCUCAUCGCGGGGUUUGGGAUGUGAUGCAAGGUGUCUUUGCUGACUGGAUCCAUGGUGAACUGAAGGUGAAGGAAAAUGCGCAUAUCAUCAUUAAUUUGGAUUCUGCACCUCAUGUAUCUUACGAAAGGCCUUGAUGACACAAGACGUAGCUCUUCCAUGAACAGACUGUGUCCGGCAGGUUGUGCGACGUGCUCAGCCCUGAACGGCUGUCUGUCCUGUAAACCUCGCCUCUUCUUCCACCUGGAGCUGGACGGGAUGCGGCAAAGGGGCACCUGUCUGUCCUCCUGUCCCCGGGGUCACUAUGGCACACGCUCUCCGCACAUCAGCACCUGCACCAGGUGCAAAGAAGACUGCGCUUCCUGUUUCAGCGAAAAUUUCUGCACACAUUGUCACCCGGGUCACUUCCUGUUCCGGGGCAAAUGUGAAAACAGCUGUCCAAAUGGGCUGACGCCAAACGCAGUGCUGCGAGAAUGCACAGAGUGCUCUCCAGGCUGUGAGGUGUGUGUGAGGAGGAACGUGUGUGUGAGGUGUAGAGCAGACCUGUACUUCCUCCACAGUCAGUGCCAUCUCACCUGCCCGACGGUGUUUGAACCUGAUGUGCAGCUUAUGCAGUGCGUCCCCCGAGUGCACUGUGAGGUCGGGGGAUGGACAGCUUGGGGUCCAUGUGUUCGGAAAAAGAGAAAGGGGGCGUACAGGAGGGGACAGGAGACACGUAUACGACAGGUUCUGCGGUCUCCAAGUGUCCACGGGGACCCCUGCCCACAUGUGUCAGAGGCCAGGAAGUGUGUCAUCAAAAAGAGGCCGAAGAGUCAACGUAGGUUGUAGUAGCUGGAACAAGAGUGCCUUAAAGGCCAUUUGUAGAUAUCGCAGAGACAUUCCACUUGUUAUUGCACAUUUUAUAUCAGCUGAUUAAAAUAUUGUAAAUUGUAAAGAUGUACUCAUCUAAAAUAAAACUCAUUUUUCUAUGCAAUCAAACAGAACAUACUUGACUGUGAUAAGGUUAUGUUACCUCAUCAUUCUGCUGUGGGAAAAAAAAAUAUCUGGAUUGUUUGUAUUUCUCUAA